AUGAGUUGUGACGAAGAUGAAAGCGGACCUUUUGUUGUAUUCUUCUUACCAGCUGUUCUUGGCUGUCUGACUAUACUCUUGGCUCGCCGGUGGGCCUACUCGCAAGUUAAUAAUACCUCGUCUACAGCUAUAUCCCGACGACGGAAGAUAAUUAAAGACCCUCUUAUUAAGCGUCCUUUACCUCCUGUAACAAAUAAAAUGGUUGCCCCUAAAAAGCUAUCGGGAAGCUCAAAAAAGGCCGUACCAGAUGAAGACUUAGCAAAUGGGAAACGUGUGCGAACUCGUUUGCUAUCAAAUGCACCAAUUCCUGAGACAAAGUUAUCUGAAGGCCCAUCAACACCCAAACACAUCCCAUUCCCAUACAUCCCACAGGAUGGUGAACUAUUGUUUGAGAUUAUGACUUUUACGUUUUUGGCAGUAGCAGCUGGAUUACAAUUCUUGAAUUUAUAUCGAACAGCUUGGUGGCUACCAACAUCGUACACAACACAAGCUAUGCAUUUCCACUUAGUGGAUCCACAUGUAGUAAUGUUCAUACUGGGCAUAAUAAGUCCUAGGUUAUUAUUAAGUGCAAGUGUGGCCAUUAUGAGACUUUUUGUUGCACCAAAAUUGAUGCCUCAUGUUAUUCUAGCAGCAAGAAUGUUUAUUCUUGGUUCAGUCAUUGGCAUGCUGGGUUGGAGUACAUACUAUUUAUUUAUAAAAUAUCCUUUCUUAAAAAUGAUAUAUCUUAUUUACCCAUCAAUAAUCUACUUUGUGCUAUUUGGUUUUCAACUAGAUGCAUUCCUAGAGCUUAAUCACACAGAAACAUUACCAAUGCACAGCUGUUCUCAUGACCCUGAACAAAUCCGUUCAGAAGUUGAAAUGUUGAAAGAAGACUUUAAUUUAAGAGUAAAAAAAACACUGUUUCAUUCAAUAAUAGGAGCAUAUUAUACAACUUUUGUGCCAUGUUGCUUUGCUCAGCCAUUCCUGUACUACGACGUGGUACUUGCCGCUCAACAAGUUUGCCUUGUUUGGGGUUCCCUUUGCGGGCGAUACGCAGCGCAAUUGAUUCCAGCUGCCUUCUGCGACGCACCGCACAGAGCUGCCAGGCAUUUGGGGCUUUGGAAGUUGGAAGGUACUGCGCCAAGUGAAUUAAGUGAUGUUCCUGAAUGGACUGGGAAUCGUUUCUGGGCGCAAGGGUCCCGGGUCAGAAGCAGCAACCAAGUUUAUGUAGCAACCACCACGACGGUCGCUGACCCUACAUAUAUGGCCCACGUCAGAUUUCAUACGGUGUUCAACAAUCCUUCAAAAUUACUUUGUCUGCUGGUUUGCCUACAACUAUCAUUAGUAUUGCUACAACUGUGUUUACUAUUCAGUUCAAUAGUGUGGCAUUACUUCUUGUCCAUUGUUGUAUUAUUAUUUAUUAAUUAUUACUCACUCUACAAAAUGCUCAGAGAUUAUCUGGUUGCAUGGAAGGUUUAUAAGGCUGAGAAUUUAAUACAAGACAAAAAUGUUCAAGCUAAUUAG